AGUACUGUGCGAAUUUGCGGAAUUACUAUGUUGUUCGUUCCUGAAAAGGGCUGAUAAGUAGUAGGAAAGCUGAGGAUAGACGAUGAUUUUGGCUUUAUUUUGAGCUGUUGAUCGGAUAAGUGGAUCAAGAUGGAUAAGCACAUUUGUGGAACCUGCGGGUCACAAUACUCUACCAUAGAAGAUUUUAUACAGCACAAACAGUCCGAAUGUAAGUCGGUCUCAAAGACGCCUCAAGUUGUCCAAACUAUUGCGAUGAAGUUGUCUACGCCAGCCCAGCCCAUCUCGACUCGAGGCCAAAAUGGACAACAUCACAAUGUUGUUUCCUCAAUCACUGUAGAGACAAGCUCAGAGACACUAAAAGGAUCAUCAGGUAAAGAACCUGAGAAACAGAGAAAGAAGAGGGUGAGAAAAAAGAAUGCUGAACCAGCUGCUGGAGAAACACAAAGAAAGGCUGCAGGAGAAAAGAGAAAACCUAAUAAAUAUCUCAAGCAGUUUAAAUGUGACUUUGAAACCUGUACGUUUGCGACAGCUCACCGGAAUGAUUUUCGCCGUCAUCAAAGGAUCCACACGGGGGAGAAGCCCUUCAAAUGUCAGUUUUGUGAGAAACAGUUCUCUAGAUGCGAUAAGAUGAAACUUCAUGAGAGGAUCCAUACAAAGGAGAAGCCCUUCGCGUGUGAAUUGUGUUCCUACAAGUGUGCUGACGGGGGAAGCUUGAAGAAACACAUGCGUAUUCAUUCGGAUGAUAGGCCCUACCAGUGUCAGCUCUGUUCCUAUGCCAGUCGCAACUCUAGCCAGUUGGUUGUCCACCUCCGCACCCACACCGGUGACUCACCAUUCCACUGCCAGCAAUGCGAUGCUAAGUUCAAAACCAACACCGAUCUGAAAAGGCAUAUCCUUAUCCACACAGGAAGCAAACCCUUUGCCUGUGAUCAAUGCAGUUAUAAAUCUCGUCUCAAGUGCAAUCUAAAAUCACAUAUUGAGACUAACCAUAGAGGGAAGGCAAAGUACCAGUGCUGCCAGUGUCCAUUCAAGUGCAGAACUCAGAAACAACUGAGUGAUCAUUCAUUUAAAGAACAUAGGAAUUCUGUGGUUAGUGCUAGCAGCACAUCUUCCUCCACCAAGACAUGCAGAGAAAAUUACAAGAAAGUUUUCUCAUGUGAGUAUUGCACAUACUCGUCAAAGUACAAAAGUGCUUGGUUGAAACAUACCAAGAAAAAACAUUCUGAGCAAUUGAAACUCUUGGAUUCUACACAAGUAAAGACACCAACAUCUGUCACGAUGAAAAAAAUUAUUUUGAAGAAUGAGAACAGAUCGAAAGGAACAAAAGGCUCGAAACCAGUCAUUCCUGUGUUAGAUGGGAAUAGACCAUGGUCAUGCAAUAUUUGCGGUGCAUCAUUUAUAAGAGAAGACUCUUACAGGAGCCAUAGAAGACAGCAUGAAAAACUGCAGGAGAACCAAAAUAGUGCAACUCACGAAUCAAUAGAGAAUACUUCAAAGACAUCUGAUCUAGAAUCUGAGAAGAGAUGCACAGCUGAUAUAAAUCAUGGUACAUUUGUGGUUACAGUAGGAACAUGUACAAACCAACCCGUUUCAGGUGAUGUUGAAAGGAGUGAUCCUGUUAGAACGGAAGAUACGUCUUUAAGAAAUAAUAUGUCACAGUCUAAUAACCAGGGUAUCAAGAGGUAUCCGAGUAGGAAUGGAGCAGGUACUUCUUCUGAUUCGUCCAUGGUUACCUUGACAAUACCUGACCCAAUGUCCAUGGGUGCAGAGGUCUGUAUCUCGGGAGAUACUUCAUUGAUUGGCACAGUUUUUCCCCAUGGCAACCCUCCAAAAAAUACAAUAAACAUCCUGCCAGAGUCCAGUGAGCCUCGAGGGAAACCCUGUCAAGGAGAGCUUAUGACCAUGAUGCCAGUUAGCGUCGACGGGACACCCUCUGAACUUGGAAGCAACGUACUGCAGACAGAAGUUAUUAUAGCACAGGAAUGUGACACUUAUGUUCAUGAUAUUGUUGAAGGCGGACAGUUACAGAAGAAAGAUGCCAUCCAAUUUCGGCCCCUUGGCUAUGGAACAUCAAAUACUCCCAUUCUUUUGUCUACAGUGUCUCCUUCUACUGUUGUUCCCAGUUCUUCUUGCCAAUCUGUUAUCAAUGCCAUGAAGACUUCUCAGAACAAGAUCAAUGCUUUUGAAAAUGUUAACGUGUCUUUCACCUCCCCAUCCUCUGCUGCUUAUGUAAACCUCUCUAAUAUUGAUAUUGGACAAGUAAAGACUGUGCCAUUCAUCAGUACUAAUCAGUUGCAAUCAGUUCAUCCCCCUGUAUCAAGAGGUGCUGUUCAACAAGUUCAGAGCAAAGACAACCAACAUCAGGUACUGGCUGGGGACCAGAAUUAUAUCGGAACUCUGAACACUACUACAAAUAACAGUGCUGUGACUACCAGCUCAACCGCAACCUACCUCAACAUGUCCUUAUCAAGCUCAGUCACAGGUAGUCAGCCUGCAGAUCAAACUUCCCUACCAAAAACUUUUCUUCCCACAAGAACAUUUAUUUUGAAUGGAAGGGAGCUUAGCCAGGCUGGUCCAGCUGAUAAAGGCAAUGACUUCUAAAGCGAUCAACCUGCCCAGUAUGCAUCACUAGUUGGACUACAUCUGGGAUUUCUUAAGGACAAGAGUGACAAGAAUGCAAGGUAGGUUUUUAAACUUAAACUAUGUAACAACACACUUGAACAUAUUUAUAUUAAUUACAUUGUAGGUGUUCAAAAGUAAAGGCAGAUAUGAAAGCAUUGGCAUAUUGAGUGUUUAGGAUAGAAUAUGUACAUGUACCACAUGCUUGUCUCAAUCUGUUGUUCUUAAUACCCCUAUCAAACAAAAUUUGAAGGAGGUCAUAGAAGAAUCAGUGUAGCCUACAGUUAAAGCUGUCAAGUCGGCAGUGGGUCAGUGGGUAAUCCGUCUUUUGGUUUGUCUCUUGCAGAUCAAACUACUUCCUCAGUUUCUGCCCAAUGCUUAUGAGAAUUGGCACGCUCGUUGCUCUUGGGGUGAAGCUAUGCCAGAUACAUUUUUUAAUGUGUCAGGUACUGCAUUGCCAUGGUAAAGGCAUAUGCUCAUGCUCAUUUGAUUUGGCAAACAGAAAGCAGUUAUUUGCAAUGCAACUUCUUUGAAACUGUUAUUUGGCAAGCCUUGGCAGAACUCAUUGUCCUAUAGUGCAUAAAUGUAACAGUAUUUUUACCAUGAUAUUAGGGCUGGAGUCAUUAAUCAUGUUCAGUGAUAUUUCAUUGGGUUUCUUUUGUUAAUCUCACUGUGAUCUUUAAUCAUUCAAAAUGCUAUAAUUUGCCUUGUAGUUUCCGACCUUCGGGAUGUCAUUUACAUAACUUUUCUUUCAAAGUUAAAUUCAUGUUCAUUUCAUUUCCAACCAAAAAAAAUUCAAAAAAAAAAUUAUGAUUUGGUUUGUAACAGUGGUUACCUUCGAGGGUGACUACAACCUAUUUGUUAAUUAAAAUAACACACCAAAAAUCAUAUGGUAGGUUUAUUGUAAGAAAAUUAGGCUGUAUUAAAACGGUAAAAACAAAGAUUUCUCUAG